UGCGCAAAAACAGAUAAGCUGGGAGCUGGGAGCUCAGACACUGCCAGCAGAGAUCAUAAGAAGUAGAGUAGGGUAAAAGAAGCCAGCUAUAUAAUAUUGAUGUACCAAAAUAAAAAGUCAGAACACAUAGGACAACAUCAUUGGAGUCCUUGGAGGUUGGAUGCUAAGGAAAUAAAGUGAAGGCUCAAAUAAGUACAAGAAGCUUUUUCUUUUUUUAUACAUUGUUUGGUCUUUCUACAAUUGCAAAGCAAGGUACAUUUUUUUAAUGUAGCCUGAUGCUUGUCAAUAAUUGAAAUCGGUGCAUCUGUACCAGAACCACCAUGUGCAGUGGAUCUAACACCCUGUGUGACUUGGACGGUGAAAAGACAAUCUUAAAAGAAUAAGACCGGACUACUUACUUGGGAUUUAACGUUUGCAAAAGGACAGCGGAAUAAAAAGGGGAUUGUAUUGAAUCUCAUGGUGACUGCAAAGAAUCCUGAUGAGGGGAUGCCUGACUUCAUUUGCUAUAGUGUGAGCCACUGAUGGAGACCUAUGUGUUGAAGGAAUAAUACAAGUGCACUUUUUUACAUACAUAUUAUUUGUUACAUUUUUGACUUUUUUUAACAUUUCAUUUUUGGAGAUGAUUGUGUUAUUUUUAUUGGUGUGCAUUGUGGAUGGGCUGCUUUCACAGCUUUCCUAUAAGGUGCAAGAGGAGAGGGACCAUGGCACUUUCGUGGGGAAUAUCGCCGAGGAUUUGGGCUUGGACAUUACAAAACUCUCCAGUCGUAGGUUUCAGUCUGCACCCAACUCCAGGAGCCCUUAUCUGGAGCUGAACCUAGAGAAUGGGGUGUUGUAUGUGAACGAGAAGAUUGACAGGGAACAUAUCUGUAAGCAGAGCCCAUCCUGCCUUUUGCACCUAGAGGUCUUUUUGGAGAACCCCUUGGAGUUCUUCCGAGUGGAGAUCGAGGUGCUGGACAUCAAUGAUAACACCCCAGCUUUUCCAGAGACCGACAUUCAGGUGGAGAUUUCGGAGAGCGCUACCCCCGGGACCCGCUUCCCGCUGGAGAGUGCCUUUGACCCAGACGUGGGCAACAAUUCCCUGCGCACGUAUGAGAUGACCACCAACAGCUACUUCACCCUGGACGUGCAAACUCAGGGAGAUGGCAUCAAGGUGGCCGAGCUGGUGCUGAAGAAGCCGCUAGACAGAGAACAGCAAGCCCUCCACAGGUAUGUGCUGACUGCUGUGGAUGGGGGUAUCCCUCAGAGGACAGGCACCGCUCUGCUGUCCAUUAAAGUGCUGGACUCAAAUGACAAUGUGCCUGUCUUUGAUCAACCGGUAUAUACCGUGUCCCUGCCCGAGAACUCGCCCCCUGGCACCCUGGUCAUCCAGCUCAAUGCCACCGACCAGGAUGAAGGUCAAAACGGGGAGGUGGUGUAUUCCUUUAGCAGCCACAACUCUCCAAGAGUCCGGGAGAUCUUCAGCAUAGACCCCAGGACGGGUCGAAUGGAGAUCACCGGAGAGCUAGACUACGAGGAAAGCAGCAUGUACCAGGUGUAUGUCCAAGCCAAAGACAUGGGGCCAAACGCGGUGCCCGCUCACUGCAAGGUGCUGGUGAAGGUGCUGGAUCUGAAUGACAACCCGCCGGAGAUCAGCUUCAGCACGGUGAAGGAGGCGGUGAGUGAGGGCGCUCCCCCGGGCACGGUAGUUGCUCUGUUUAGCGUGACAGACAGGGAUUCGGAAGAGAACGGGCAGAUACACUGCGAGAUAUUGGGAGACGUGCCAUUCCGGCUUAAACUGUCUUACAAGAACUACUACACCAUAGUGACAGAUGCGACCUUGGACCGGGAACUGGUGGCUUCCUACACGGUGACAGUGCUGGCCAGGGAUAGAGGCACCCCGCCCCUCAGCUCCACCAAGUCUAUACAGGUGCAAGUAGCCGAUGUGAAUGAUAACGCGCCCCGUUUCACGCAGGCGAUUUAUAAUGUGCCGGUGAUCGAGAAUAACGUGCCAGGGGCUUACAUCUCCGCCGUUAGCGCCACCGACAAGGACGAGGAAGAGAAUGCUGAAAUCACAUACCACAUUCUAGAGUGUGACAUCCAGGGCAUGUCAGUCUUCACCUAUGUGUCCAUCAAUUCCGAGAAUGGCUACCUUUACGCCCUGCGUACGUUCGACUACGAACAGAUAAAGGACUUCAGUUUCAUGGUGGAGGCCAGGGAUGGUGGCACCCCACCUCUAUCCAGUAAUGCCACCGUCAAUAUCAUCAUAAUGGACCAGAAUGACAACGCACCUUCUAUAGUGUCUCCCCAAGGCAGAAACGGAACGGCCAAAGAGCUCUUGCCAAGAUCUGCCGAGCCAGGCUACCUGUUCACCCGGGUAGUUGCCGUUGAUUUGGACGAGGGUGAAAAUGCAAGGUUAACCUAUAGUAUAUUGAGGGGCAAUGACAUGAGCUUGUUUCGUAUGGACUGGAGGACUGGGGAACUAAGGACAGCACGAAAGGUGACAACCAAGAGGGAUCCUCACAGACCUUUUGAAUUAGUAGUGGAGGUUAGGGACCACGGACAGCCACCUCUGUCAUCCACUGCCCUAAUUCAGGUCCAGAUUGUGGACAGUUCAGUGGAAAGACAGGGGGGAGACCAGCGGCCCAGCCGCUCCAAUGACACAGCUUUGGACCUCACUCUCAUCCUCAUCAUUGCUCUGGGCUCAGUCUCUUUUAUCUUCCUGCUGGCCAUGAUUGUGCUGGCCAUCAGGUGUCAGAAAGAGAAGAAACUGAACAUCUACAGCUGCUUAGCAAGUGACUGUUGUUUGUGCUGCUGCUCGUGCUGUAGCAGGCAAGCCAGGGCACGAAAGAAGAAGCUCAGUAAGUCGGACAUCAUGUUAGUCCAAAGCUCCAACGUGCCCAGCGCUACCCAAGUGCCAGUAGAGGAAUCUGGGAGUUUCGGGUCUCACCAUCAUAAUCAAAAUUACUGCUACCAGGUAUGCCUGACCCCAGAAUCUGCCAAAACUGACCUGAUGUUUCUUAAGCCUUGUAGCCCAUCCAGAAGCACGGACACGGAGCACAACCCUUGUGGGGCUAUAGUAACAGGGUACGCUGACCAGCAGCCAGAUAUCAUCUCCAACGGCAGUAUUUUAUCCAGUGAGAAUAAACACCAACGCACAGAACUCAGUUAUCUAGUUGACAGACCACGACGAGUAAACAGUUCUGCAUUCCAGGAAGCAGACAUAGUAAGCUCUAAGGAUAGUGGGCACGGAGACAGUGAGCAAGGAGACAGUGAUCAUGACGCCACUAAUCGAGGUCAAUCCUCUGGUGCUGAUUUAUUUUCUAACUGCACAGAGGAAUGCAAAGCUCUUGGCCACUCAGACCGCUGCUGGAUGCCUUCUUUUGUGCCCUCUGCCGAUGGCCGCCAGGCAGCGGACUACCGCAGUAACCUCCAUGUGCCUGGCAUGGACUCAGUUCCGGACACUGAGGUGUUCGAAGCACCUGAAGUGCAGCCAGGAGGGGAGAGAUCAUUUUCUACCUUUGGCAAAGAGAAGGCAUUACAAGGGCUGGCAGGGGUUGGCAAUGGAAAUGGAGGCAGUAUGCAGGACAGGAAGGAGCUGGAUGGCCUGCUGUCUGGCACCAGAGCACCUUACAAGCCUCCCUAUCUGACACGGAAAAGGAUAUGCUAGUCAAAUCUACAGGACUUACCUGAAGCAGCAUGAUUUGCACAAGUUGAACAACAAAAGCAUCAACUUUUCAACUUCAUUAUCUUGGCCAUCUAGUUUGGUACUACCGAAGGAUUAUUAGUCUGCUGCUGAAGACAUGGCCAAUAAUAGGACCUUACUGCUCUCAGCAGGCCUGAGAAAUGAGUUGAAAUGUGAAGAACUGUAGAAACUGGGGAGGCAGAUGAUCUUGCCUCCAUUUUCAGUGUGUGCCUGUUUACAGCACUAUAUAUCUUUCUCCAAAAUGUCACUGAGCCCUUUAGAUGUUUAUAUUCACCACAAGAAGCCAAUCGUACAAAUAGAACGUGCAUUAUUAAUGCAAUACCACUGUUUUAAACUUGACUGUUUUAUAUUAUUUUUGUGUGAUCGAGUGUUUCCCAAACUAUCCAAACUUUACAAGACCGAUUGUGAUCAUGUUCUUUUCACCAGUGGGUCAUGAAAAUGUUGUUUAUCUGAAGACCCAAAUAAUAUCAAAGACAUUCUGUAGUUUAUACACCGUGUUGCAAAGUGUUUACUGUACUAUUUCAAAGCUUCUAAAUAAAUAUAAAGUAUAUAUAUAUAUAUUAUAUAAUUUUCUGAAAGAAGUGGUACAAGUUAGUUGAUAUAUAAAUAAAUUCAUACAGCCCAUGGUAUAAACACAAACAAACAAUUCAGGUCCUAAAUAAUUUAUUGUUACAAUAAUUCUUUAAUGUUUCGUAAUGAAAAAAAUUGGACCAAUUACUGUUCACCCUAUUAAAAAGCUGUAAGCUACAUCAAUUUGUACGGAACUUUCAAUACCAAAGAUGCAGCUUUCAAGUUUGAGCACUAUUACCUACCAAGGCAUAUUUCGAUCUUCCUUAUUUUAACUCUGUGGCUUUUCAUUUUACAAAUGCAUUUUAUAAAACAAAAAUAAAUCGAUCUGUAUAUGUUGCUAAAACCCAACACUGGAUACUCUGUACAGUUUGAAAUUGUAAAAUAUGUAUCUGAAGAUUACUAUUUUGAAAGAUUAGCCCCGAAUCAUGUAACUUAACAUGUAUCUUUCUCUAGCAUAGUUUUGUGGAGACUUGAAACUAUAUAUAUAUAUUCUAAUCCUGCCUAGAAAUGUUUUUUAAUAGACAAUUCAUGAAACACAGUGUUUUUCAACUCAUUUUUUACACAGUAAGAUUUAACAUUUAGGACCAUGUCACAUAAUUAAACACAUGAAUAUUAUCUGUGUCUAUGAUAAUAUUUUUUCAUGAUUUCAAUUGUACUAUAUAUAUAAGCAUAUGAAGAGUAUAAUAUGUUUUAUUAAAAAAAAAAGAAAAUCAAAACAAGUGGCUCAUAAGGACAAUCAUUCUAAGUUACUUCCAUGUUUGAAAAUGUCAUCGUUAUUAUUAAGACUCAUUUGCAUAAUUUUAAAUGAAGUUAUUUUUAUUUAUUUUUUCAUAUUUCAAUGUGUACUUAGUAAAUUUUUUUUGUUGUCAAUUUGUCGUCUUUAUUAUGUGUAAAAAAAUGAACAAUUUGAUAAAUGAAUCAUAUGUCAUUUACAUCAUAUACAUAAUAUAUAUUUUUUAAGAUCAACAAUUUCUUGAACUCUUGACUUUGUUGUCAUGUAGACCUUCGAGGCUGCUAUGUAGAUGUAUUCUGGUUAACGUUUACUUGACAAAUAAUUGAAACCAUACUUUGGAUACAUUAACUGAUAAACUCCAAAAGAAAGGAUGGAAUAAAUGAUUAGAUAUACUGAAAUCAGAUUUACCCAUACCCUGCAAAAAAAAAAAUGAGAUAAAA